CAAAACCUGAUGUGAUUGUUUACAUAGUGUUGUGGCAUUUUGAAGCAUUUGCUACGUAUUGUUAUGAUGUGAAGGUUACCUGUUAAUAAAGCAAGUCUGUGUUGGGACGUCGUGAAGAUGGAUAAGACGUCAGAUAAGAAAGAAGACAGUUCUGUCAAGUUGAAUUAUGUCUGUAGGAACAUUGUCGACUGCAAACAGGGAACGGUGAGAGCUGUGCGUUUCAAUGUUGAUGGUUCCUACUGCUUGACAUGUGGUGCAGAUCGUACUUUAAAACUGUGGAACCCCCACAGGUCACUACUACUGAAGACAUAUUUGGGACACGGAGGGGAGGUCUAUGAUGCAGCAGGGUCUUGUGACAACAGUCAGCUGUGCUCUGGAGGUGGUGAUCGCAUCGUGGUGCUGUGGGAUGUGGCAACAGGAAGGCCCCUCCGACGUCUCCGUGGACACGCAGGUCGCAUCAACUGUAUCCGCUUCAAUGAGGAAUCCAGUAUCAUCGUCUCUGGAUCACAGGACUGCACUGUGCGUUGCUGGGACAUCCGUUGCCGGCAGACACGCGACGCGGAGAUGGUCUUGGCUGAAUCCUCAGAUGCUGUGACAUCACUGUUCGUCACUGACCACGAGAUAGUGACAGGAUCACUGGACGGAAGGGUACGGCGGUACGAUGUACGAGCCGGCGAACUUGUCACAGACUGUGUUGCCCAGCCGGUGACAUGUGUCAGUCAAACACGGGACGGACAGUGUGUCGUGGUGAGUGGCGCAGAUUCUACGAUCAGGUUGCUGGACAGGGACACAGGGGAGCUUCUCGGAGAGUACCGUGGCCACAACGUGUCUGGCUUUACGACGGAGAGCUGUGUCGAUAAUACAGACCGCCACGUGCUGUCCGGGUCAGCCGACGGCCACGUGUACUGCUGGGACUUAGUGCGUGAGAAGCUGACGGAGACACUGGUGCACGGAGAGGCGAAGGGCAGUGCUAGUGUCGUGUCUUCCCUGAGCCCACACCCACUGCGGUCUGGUCUGCUGUCAGCUGCCGGAGGCUCGGUCAAGUUGUGGGGGCCAGAAGAAAGCCCAGACGAUGCAGACGAGGUGUGACCCGUUGCGAGGGUUCGACACUUUUGAUUAAACAGAUUUCUGUUUUAAA